UUUUUAUAGUCUUUUUAAAAAGUUAUCAUAUUAGAAGUUUCAAAAAGUUAAAAACGUUCAUUUGUUAGUUGACAGGGGAAUGUGACAUAAUGUUUGAGUGUUUUCAAAAUUAUUUUUGAAAUCGUAGUUGUAAUUUUUUGGUUUUGAAGCUUUCCUGUUGUCAUGAGUGGUGGGUUAGCACCAAGUAAAUCUACAAUCUAUGUAGGCAACCUACCCUAUUCGUUGACUAACAGUGAUUUGCACAAGGUUUUCAGUAGAUAUGGAAAAGUUGUCAAAGUGACAGUCAUGAAGGAUAAAGUCACAAGAGAGAGUAAAGGUGUAGCAUUCAUUUUAUUCUUGGACAAGCAAUCAGCCUACGAGGCUGUUCAGGGUGUCAAUCAAAAACAGAUGUUCGGUCGUACGAUAAAAUGUUGUAUUGCAAAGGAUAAUGGUCGGACUACAGAAUUCAUAAGGCGGAAGGAAUACCCAGACAAAACACGAUGUUAUGAAUGUGGGGACAGUGGCCAUCUAAGCUAUGAAUGCCCUAAAAACGUCCUUGGUGAUAGAGAAAGACCUCCAAAGAAACUAAAGAAAAGGAAACGAAAACAGCAGGAAGAGGAAGAAGAAGAAGAAGAAGACGAAGAAGAGGACCAAGGUGAAGACCCUUCAGAGUGGAGCCUCGGCGCAGCCAUUGAAGAAUGUGCACGUCUUGCCCACGAGUCGGAACAAAAAUCAGCUGAUGAUCCGUCAACAAGCGGAGUAAAAAAGCGUCGUAUAUUUCAAAGUUCAUAUUUUAGUGACGACGAAGAGGAAGAUCACUGACGUCAACAAUUAUCAAAGAUUUCUCUAUUUCCUGAUGACGCCAAAGAUGCAGAACACUUGGGUGAUUACUGGAAAUUAGUGUGGUGACCCUACAUUUUAGUUUUCAACUCUUAGCACGUACAUUUGAAGAUGAAUCGGAUGUGUGUUCCGAUAAUUGCUCCGACUAUGAUAGGGAGUCAAUUGUGAAACUUUCAUUAAUUUUUAAAUGACUGAACUCAAGGCACUUAUUAAUUAAGUCUUCUUCAAAGAAAUGGUUCCUGAAUUUCUAUAGUGAUAGAUUGGCCUGUAAUUGCUUAAAUUAUAGACACCGACAAAAACACCAUACCAAGUAACGGGAAAGAGAUUUCAAAAAAGAAGAACUAUCAAACUUCACGUACUACUCUUUGACAUUGAAAUCUGGACAAGAACUUUGUUUUUCGUGCUGCAAUUAAACCAUAUCAUUUA